AAUUGGUUCAGAGACUCGUCCUGCUCGCUGCUGUGUUGGCGUUACCUUCCCCGUCCUUAAUGAGGAUCUUUAUUUGGUCUCCUGAGUUUCGGAUUCCGAUACUCCAGUAGUUUCCCAGCCACCCCUCGGCCCCUUGGGCUUUAGGGGCCGCGAUUCUGGGGCUUCCUCCGAGAGUUCCUGCCGCGGGCCAAUCACUGGAUCCCCAGAAUUAAUCAGUAAUAAGACCUUUGCAGCCAUGGCGAGUUCUGACGUGAAACCAAAAUCAAUAAGUCGUGCCAAAAAAUGGUCAGAAGAGAUAGAAAAUCUGUACAGAUUUCAACAAGCAGGAUAUCGGGAUGAAAUUGAAUAUAAGCAAGUGAAACAAGUAUCUAUGGUAGAUCGCUGGCCAGAGACAGGAUACGUGAAGAAACUCCAGAGAAGGGACAACACCUUCUACUACUACAACAAACAGAGGGAAUGCGAGGACAAGGAAGUCCACAAAGUGAAAAUUUAUGCUUACUAGGCCUUUGUUCUUUGUGUUGUCAUUACCUUUAAGAUUCCAUUGCCAUUUCUACAUCAUGUAAAUGUCAUUUUACAAAAUAAUUCAAGGUGCAGACUUCAAUGGAAUGUUCUGAAACACAGAAGCCAUGAAACUUGGUAUCUAUUAACCAUUCUGUUCUAUUCAAAAAUGUAACAGCAGAAGCAUUAAAGCUGCACCUGUC